UAACAUUAACCAGAGGGGUCAGGAAGAGCCUUCAGAGUCCUAGGAGCCAACACACUAUGGCGCACGUCCGAGGGCUAUGGUUACCCGGCUGCCUGGCCUUGGUUGCCCUGUGUAGCCUUGUGCACAGCCAGCAUGUGUUCCUGGCCCCUCAGCAAGCACUGUCGCUGCUCCAGCGGGUCCGACGUGCCAACAGCGGCUUCCUGGAGGAGCUGCGCAAGGGCAACCUGGAGCGAGAAUGCCUGGAGGAGCAGUGCAGCUUCGAGGAGGCCUUCGAGGCCCUGGAGUCGCAGGACGCCACGGAUGCGUUCUGGGCCAAGUACACAGCUUGUGAGUCGGUGAAGAAAUCUCGAGAAAAGCUUGAUGAAUGUCUGGAAGGUAACUGUGCCGAAGGCCUGGGUAUGAACUACCGAGGGAACGAGAGUUAUACCCGGUCAGGCCUCCAGUGCCAGCUGUGGAGGAGUCGUUACCCACAUAAGCCUGAAAUCAACUCCACCACCCACCCCGGGGCCGACCUGCAGGAGAAUUUCUGCCGCAACCCAGACGGCAGCACCACCGGGCCCUGGUGCUACACUUUGGACCCCACCGUGCGGAGGGAGGAGUGCAGCAUCCCCGUCUGUGGCAAAGGGGAGGUCACUGUGGAGCUGAUGCCACGCUCCCAAGACUCCUCAGUGAAGCUGUCACUUCCAUCAGACCAGUGUGUCCCUGAGCGUGGCCGGUAUUACGAGGGUCGCCUGGCGGUGACCUCACAAGGGUCCCCCUGCCUGGCCUGGGCCAACGAGCAGGUCAAGGCCCUGAGCAAGAACCUGGACUCCAGCAUGGCGGCGGUGCCGCUGGUGGAGAACUUCUGUCGCAACCUAGACGGGGACGAGGAGGGCGCAUGGUGCUACGUCAGCGGGAAGCCUGGCAGCUUCGAGUACUGCGACCUGGACUAUUGUGAGGAGCCCGUGGAAGAGGUGACAGAUGAUGGGCUGGACUCGGACGUGGCCAUCCAGGGACGCACCACUGUUGAGGAGUUCCAGCCCUUUUUCAAUGAGAGGACCUUCGGCGCUGGGGAGGCAGACUGUGGGCUGCGGCCGCUGUUCGAGAAGAUGUCGAAGGAGGACAAAACGGAGGCAGAGCUUCUAGAGUCCUACAUCCCUGGGCGCAUCGUGCAUGGUUGGGACGCAGAGAUAGGCCUGGCACCCUGGCAGGUGAUGCUUUUCCGGAAGAGUCCCCAGGAGCUGCUGUGUGGAGCCAGCCUCAUCAGUGACCGCUGGGUCCUCACUGCUGCGCACUGUCUCCUGUACCCACCUUGGGACAAGAACUUCACUGAGAAUGACCUUCUGGUGCGCAUUGGCAAGCACUCCCGCACCAGGUAUGAGCGAGGCAUCGAAAAGAUCUCCAUGCUGGAAAAGAUCUACAUCCACCCCAGGUACAACUGGAGGGACACCCUGGACCGCGACAUUGCCCUGCUGAAGCUCAGGAAGCCCAUCACCUUCAGCAACCACAUCCACCCCGUGUGCCUGCCCGACAAGCAGACGGCAUCCAGGCUGAUCCAGGCUGGAAGCAAAGGGCGGGUGACUGGCUGGGGGAACCUGAAGGAGAUGUGGACUGCCAGCCCCUCCGAGGUGCAGCCGGACGUCCUGCAGGUGGUGAACGUGCCCAUCGUGGAGCGUCCCGUCUGCAAGGCCUCCACCCGCAUCCGCAUCACCGACAACAUGUUCUGCGCUGGUUACAAGCCCAGUGAAGGGAAACGAGGGGAUGCUUGUGAAGGUGACAGUGGGGGACCCUUUGUCAUGAAGAGCCCCUUUAAUCACCGCUGGUAUCAAAUGGGCAUCGUCUCGUGGGGCGAAGGCUGUGACAGGGAUGGAAAAUAUGGCUUCUACACACACGUGUUCCGCCUGAAGAAGUGGAUACAGAAGGUCAUUGAUCGGUCGGGAAGUUAGGGGGCCACCCGCAUCCUAGGCUCCUCAUUGUAAGGUCACAGAAACCAACCCAGGGGACGAGUUAUUUUUGUGGUUUGUUCCUAAAACUACAGCUCUCAAUAAAAGUGACUAUCUGUGA